AUGGUUUUACUUGCAGGUGUGUACAGUCUGGGGAAGGAGACGCUGCUGGUGGAUUUGGCGGGGGAGUUCAGCACCUGGGUUGUGGUGAGCCCCUGGCGCCUGGAGCAGAUGCGGCUGCUGGAGCUGCCCGAUGUGUUCACCACCGAGGAAGGGGCCGGCUGGAUCCGUGCCGUGGACGUUGCUGAGAUCCGCUGGGACACUCUCGUCAGCUGGAACCUGCUGCACCCUACCAUUGCCAUCCUCCCCACCGGCAGGCCUGUGAAGGUCACCCACCCCAACAUCUACCCUAUUCCCUACUCUGACCAUUCAUCCUUUUCAGAGCUCUGUGAGUUUGUGAAGUGGCUGAAACCAUGCUCAGUCAUCCCGAUUGUGAGGGGCAGCAUGUGCCAACUUUACUUUGAGAAAUAUCUGAGUUCUGAUCGCCAAGCACUUCCUGACCUCAAAAUCCCAGAGCCUGUGCAAGAGUUUGUACAGCAGAAAAAGAAAAAGAAAGGACAGGAAUCUGUGUGUCCAUUGAAAAGAGCUGCUCAGCGUUCUGUGCCUCGAGGAGUUGUUUUUGAAUCCCCAGAGAAAUAUACUGGCAAGUCUGAAACGUUUAGGGAUGUUAAGGUUCAUCAGCAGAACUGUGAGUCAGCUUUCUGCUCCAAAGAAGGCUGCAUUUGUUGUCGCACAUGCAAGGAGAAAGGGGAGGAAAUCAAGAUGGAUAUCAACAGCCACAGUCCCCAUAGCCAGUGUACACCAGCUCAGCUGAAUGGAGAACAGCCAGCAGUAGUAAUAUCGACUAACCUUGUUAGCCAGUCACCUGUUUCUGAUGAGACUGUUCCAUGUGGAUUGGCAGAGCAGUAUUUACUCAGUCCUUUAAAUGUCCUAAAGCAGAAUUCCUUAGAGAAAUUUGACAAGCUGGUAGAAGAAUUCUUUAGGAGGGAGGAAGCAUCUGGAAACUCAUGACACUUGCCAAUGCAAUUAAUAACAGUGAUCCUGACAGUCUUACGAUUGCAUCCCGUUCUUGGAGUUUCCCAUCAGGAGAAUGCUUAACUAUGAGGGUUUUAUUUUCUUUACUCUUUAUUAGCAGAGAAGGCAGCAACUUGAACUAGUUUGUAUAUGUUAGGAUUUCUCUUUAUUUAUUUUUUCAUUUGUCUAGCUAUGCCAGGGCUUCAGACUACACUCAGGUGGUGUAGUCCCACUACAAGCAUGCCCUAUAUUUACAUUUUGCAGUGACUUAUCAGUCUUGUGGCAAAAGAUAUUGCCAGAUUGAUUCAAAUUGAGCAGCAGAGGGCGUGAGCCAUCUGCAGCAGAACUAACGGGUUUGAAUGUAAUGAGAGAAGCAAAAAAGGGGAAUCUGAGAGCCCCAAAUGUUCCUCUUUCUAUAUUUUGCAAUGCCUCAUUGGCGAUGACCAAUUCAUUCCAAGAUGCAUUACAAAUAUUAUGUAUUAAACUAUGUUUAAAAAAAGAUACUUAAAGAAAUCUAGAAAAUGAAGUGCCUUUACAUCUAUCAAUGAAUCACUGGAAUUCCUCCAAACACAGCAUUGCUUUUGCAUCUUGCCAACUGCAGCUGGCUGCAGCUCUGCUCUUCUGAAAACACUGCAUUAAUGUUAACUAUAAAUGCUCUUUCAGGUCACAGGCUGGGAAGGUAGGAAUUGUGUGGAUUCUUGGGUUUUGGACCUUUCAGAAUGGCUUACUAUAGCCUCUGCAGUCUCUGCACUCAAGUCUACAUGUUUGAAUGUUUCCGCUUGACUGCAAAGUGCUUCUGGUAACUGUAAGCAUUCUGCUAGGUGCAUUGCUUUCCCAUGGACUGCCUGUUCUUUCUAGCCAAUGGCAAAUGGGAUAGGAGUUAAUGAAACAUUUGCUCACUGGUGUAAAGCAUUAAGUCUUUGUGGCGUUGUUUCAAAGUGCUGGAAUACUGGGGCUAAACAGCAAAAAUGGCUCUUUUAGCUUGGAGGUCAGGCACUUCUGCCUCCGCUUGGAGGUCAGGUCAACUGCAGAGAGCCUGCAGCCUGGCUGUCACAAUCGGGAAGUGUCAGCAAUGUGACUAGCCAGGGGGUACACACAGUGAAGUCUGAAAACUUGCCAAACUGCUCUGGCAACAGAUCACAAACUGGUUCCCCACAGGGUCGCAACAGCAGCGCUAGAGUGGAAGCAGUCACUGGGCUCUUUCCUGGAGCACCAAGCCAGCUUGUUACUGAACUUUUCUAACCUUCCUGCCAUUACUUUCCACACCAAAUGUUUCACAUGCUCCUGGUCAGGAUUAGAGUCUCUCCUGCAAGGUCUCUGCAAGGCCAGUCAGCUAGAUAGAUUGAAUUCCCUGAAUCAAGCCAGGUAAGGAAAUGUUUGCUCUUUGAGUAAAGCUAGGGCUAAUGAGAAGCAGAGGUGCCUGUAGAUGCGGCAGCCACACCUGCUAAAAACAAGGCUGUCUUGAACUGUAAUUGUGAUGACAGCCAGCGUGGGUAUGUUUGGAAAGCUACCUGGUAAACAUGAGUCCUAGCUCCCAACCCUGUGCCUUACUGGCACUGCAGCAUUAUCACCGUAAUAUCAGCAAUGCCUCUUAACGGGACCAACUGUUGACUCUGCUUGCUGGCUGCCAGUGUUGGAAGGGAUGGAGCAAUGUUCUGCGUUUUGCCUUACAAAUACUCUUCUUCAAAAGUGGUAGCAAGGACAGCUCCAGCCUCUUGCCAUGGUCUACAUGUCCCAUUUCAUGGAGAUUUGUGUGGACUAUUUGCUGGUCAAAAUUAAACUGCAGAGCCCCAUCAGCUCAAUGUCAGUGGAGGCGCUGCAUCUUUGGUAACACCUGAGGCUAACAGCAGAAGCAUUGUCCUACGCUGGCAGUGUUUUGUCUGCUGCUGGCUGCCUUGGAGAUGCUGGCUUGUAUUUUAACAUUGUUGAAAUUUAAAUGAUUCAUUUGACAGGCAGGUGAGUGAAACAGUGCCUGAACUCCCAGAUUCCAGGUCCUGCUCUCGGCUUGCAGCCUCUCCGUGGCUCAAUGAAUGCUUGCAUUCUGAGUCACUGCUCCAUUUAGGUAUGUGGCAAAUGACCUCUGAGAUUCGAUGCAUUUUGCUAAUGAUGUUUUGUGGCAUGCAGCCUUUUCUCUUCUAUUCUCAUCAUCCCUAAAUGAAGUAGACAACCUCCAGGUGAACCUCUGAGCAAAAUGGAGUAGUAAGAGCGUUAGUGCUUUGCAGAGGCCACAGAGUUCUUCAGAUCACACACACAGAACUGAAAAUUGCAAAGACUUCCAAAGGCUGGGAAUCUGUUCCACAUUUUCUGAACUUCCAGUUAAAACUGCAGAAGAAAUGCUGGGUUCUGCUACUGGAGCAUAAAAGGUAAUUCCUGCCACUUCAGAAGGAAAUUAUCCAAAUUAUGUAGAACUAGGGGAAAGCAAAACCUCUCCAUAGUUUUGAAAGAAAAUACAGGCAGGAGAGUCUUGACCAACAGUCAGCAUGGAGAUCCUUGCACAGCUAGGUGCGUGAGGUGUUUUAGAGUGUAAAAUGUGUUUCCUCCUUCUGUUAGGCAUAAAUACUUCUAUUGUGUGUUAUCCUAAAAUCCUGACAAACAAAACAUGGCCUUCUGGGGAAAAUUGUGGCAGUGACCUAUGGGGGAGCUCUAAGAUUUCUGAGAAUCCUUCAGCUACCUCUCGAGCCUCCUGGCAAUAAAUAGCUGGCCACUUACAGGCCUUGUUCUCCCUUGUGCUUGCCUCCACAAGUUCCCUCUGUUCCUACCACUGGCUUAGCUCGCAGGGGGAACGUUACUGCAGUCAAAGAGCUGG